CGAUGGAAGAAUUUAAUAUUGAUAUUGUGCAUGUUCUUCAGAAUAGAGAUUUUAGUGUGUUGCAGAAGUUAGUAUCACAUUGUUAUGAUUUUCGAGCAAAAAUUGCUGCUAAAAUUGAAGAUACAACUGCAUAUGAAUCUGAAUGUAUAGAGAAAAUAGCACAAAGCGGUAACAAAAUAUUAGAGUUAGAGCAAGAAGUUGAAAGUUUAAAAUCUGAUAUAGAUACAACAAAAUUGCAACAAAAAAUUAUAGAUAAAAAGAUUACUAAUGCAAUUAAACAGCAAGAAAAAUUAGAAGAUGAAGUUAAUAAUGCCAAAGUAAAAAGAGACAGCUUGUCUGUUGAAAUUGUUGAUUUACAUGAAGAAUCAGAACAAAGAAAAGAACAGAAAUUAUUAACUUGGAAAAGUAUUAAACUUGCUUGUCACACAUAUAAACAGCAUUUGGGCUUUCAUAUAGAAUUAAUCAAUAACAAAGAACAAGAACAAAUUAAAGUUUCCUUUUUUAUAAAUAACACUAAUGCAAAGGAUAAAUACUUCGUACAGUUACUUAAUUGUAAUAAUCAGUGGAGAGUGGAACAGAUUCAACCUACUCUUAAAGCAGAACAUUUGAGUAACUUUGAAGGAAUUAUUGACUUUUCUAAACAAUCAGAAGUUUCGGAUGUAACUGCACUUCUUUGUAAGCUCAGAGAAACAUUUGUUAAGUAUUACUAAAAAUAAAAUAAAAUUGAAACCAUAUAUAUAUAUAUAUAUAUAUACAUAGGUACGGAUAAAUUUAUAACAUUUAUGCUAUUUAUUAUAAGAUUAAAGCCUUUAUUAAUAAAAAUUAAUAACUGAAUUGUCUUAUUACAUAUGAAAAAUUUGCAACACUAUACAUAGCAAAACUUAACAUUGGUAUAAUUUUAUUAAAAUAUAUUCAUUAUUAGUAUAAGUAUCUGUGGUAUUGUUACAUACAUAUGUUGUGACACGUAUCUUAAUGUACUAUUUGCCUACAGCUCAGAUUGGAAACAGUAAACUGCUAAUCACAGUGUAGAUAAAUUAUUUAGAUACUAAAAUUAUAAAGAAGUUUCCACUUGAUUUCUAUUUAUAUAUGGCACUUAUAUAUAUGAUACAUUUGAAAUUAUCUAUUCCAUGAGUGGUUAAGUUUAUUUAAAAUUGUUAAUUUUACUAAAUUGUAAAUAUAUAUUUAUUUAUCUAGUUA